GUGCCAAAUGACAGCCGAUAAACCCGCGCGAAAACAAUUGGCCAAUCUGCGACGAGCAAUCGCAUCAAAACAGUUGUGCGUUCACAAAAAGCAUUUGCUCGCUGCAAAAUGUCCGAAUCCGCUUCACAAACCGCAGAUAUCAAUCCGGACGAUACGAUAAAAAUAUUGGUGGCCAGUGACAUACACCUGGGUUUUAAUGAGAAAGAUCCGAUCCGAGGCAAUGAUAGUUUUAUUGCAUUCGAGGAGGUGUUGCAGCACGCGCUGGAAAAUGAGGUGGACGCGCUACUGCUCGGUGGCGAUUUGUUUCACGUAGCAAAUCCCUCCACCAACACGCUGGACCGGUGCUUCCGAUUGCUGAAAACGUACACGCUCGGCGACAAACCGAUUCGGUUGGAGUUUUUGAGCGAUCAGAACGACAACUUCCUUGAAUCGUUAAGCCACACGGUGAACUACGAGGAUCCGAACAUGAACAUCGCUAUACCGGUGUUUUCCAUCCACGGUAACCAUGACGAUUCGGGCGGUGCCGGAAAGGUUAGCUCGAUGAAUCUGCUGAGCACGAACGGGUACGUGAACUACUUCGGUAAAUGGACCGAUCUGAGCAAGAUUGACAUCCGGCCAAUCUUGCUGCGCAAGGGCGAAACGAAGCUGGCACUGUAUGGGUUGAGCUACAUGAGCGAUGCGCGACUCUGCCGGCUGCUGGACGACGCGAAAGUGUUCAUCGAAAAGCCGGAUGAGCCGGGCUUUUUCAGCAUAAUGGUGCUGCACCAGAAUCGUGCCGAACGGGGGCCGAAGAACUAUCUGCCGGAAAGUUCGUUGCCACAGUUUCUGGAUUUGAUUAUAUGGGGCCACGAGCAUGACUGUCGGAUCGAGCCGGAAGAGAAUUCGGCGAAAAAGUUCUACGUCAGUCAGCCGGGCUCAACGGUCGCGACGUCACUGUCCGAGGGUGAAGCGAUACAGAAGUGUUGCGGGUUGCUAAGCAUCCACAAGGGAUUGUUCCGGAUGGAUCCGAUACCGCUGAAAUCGGUACGUCCGUUCGUGUUCGAGUCGGUCGAUUUGGCCACGGUGCAGGAGGAGCUGGCGCUGGACGAAGGUGACGUACAGCAGCGUGUUCAAGACUUUGCCACCGAACGCAUCGAAGCGAUGAUUGAGCGUGCAAAGACGAAGAUCACCGGGUACGCACGGCAACCGAAGUUACCACUCAUACGGCUCCGGCUGGGACUGACGGAAAUCGAGCAACAGUUCAAUGCAAUCCGGUUCGGAUUUCGGUAUCACGGGCGUGUUGCUAACCCACAGGAUAUGGUCAUUUUCAAAAAGAAGCCCAAGGUGAAGGUAAAGGACGAACUGGGCAAUGCGCUUGAUAAGGCCGCCCUGCAGGAAGCGUACCGGAACCAGCGCGAACAGCGUGCCCAGCGUGCGGAAGAGAUCGUCGAUCGUUAUUUCCGCGAGGCGGACGUUGUGAACCAGCUGGAGGUGUUGAACCCUCGGAGUAUGGCCGAACUGUGCCGUCGGAUGGUCGAUUACGAGGAUGACGAUGCGCCUGAAAAAAUUAUAAAGUUCUACGAAGAUAAGGCGCUCAGCUUUCUGCGCUCGCAGGACAACACUAGCGAGGAAGGGAUUUGUGAAGCGUUGGCUGGCUUUCAUACGGCCGAUCCGGAUAUUCAUGAGAAGGUGCUGAGCAUGUUGGAUGCACGUUCAAACCGGCAGGAUGCGACCGAUCCGCUGCAGCGCUUCCGCGAUCUCGAUGACGAUGGUAUGGCGGGCGGGAAUGAUGGAUCAUCGGUUAGAGGUGAUCCACCGAACACAACGGUAGCUGCUGGCAAACCAGCGGCACGCGGUGCUCGCGGUGGACGUGGAUCACGUGGAGGCGGAACGGCACGUGGUGCAGCUAGUAAGGCAGCAUCGACCGCCGGUUCGACCCGGGGCCGAUCGCAGACUUCAAUCACUUCCAUGUUUAGCCAGCAGUCGACGAACAACAGUAUAGCUAGUGUGGCCACGCGAACAUCGUCUAGGAAAACGGCCACAAAGAAGGCACGCCAAAUGGAUUUUGAUUCCGAUGACGAAUGAAGCCAGCCAUUCUGUUACUCAUUCCGAUAGGUUAUAAGCCUGUUGUUUGUUUAAGUUUCACGCUUCAAGCUGCGUCUAGUGCCGUAAGUUUAAUGGUAUAACUUUCUACCAUUACUACCCAUUCUUCUCAAGGAAAUAUAAGAUAAGAAAAGAGAAACUA